CUAGUCCGCCGGACCAACCACUUUUUUUUUUGUGUGCCUGUGUAAUCAAUCCCCGUUAAUAAGGAUUCCGUUGAUACGGAACAAUUACUUAUACAAUAAAAAAUUAUUUUAUUAAAAUUGUCAAAAAAAGUUUGUUUCUAAACUUUUUAUUAUAAAUAUAAAAUUAUAAGUUUUUAUAUAUUAUGUCUGAUCUUUAUUAUCUUGAUACUUAGAUUUUAUAAACUAUAUCUUUUUUGCUUCAAUUUAUAGUUUGCUUCAAUUGACAAUUAAUUUUUUAGAGAAAAAUCUAAAGUUGUUAUCAUCAAUUCUAAAAAGUAUUAUCACAUUAUUUACUUUUAACUGUACUUUAAAUUAGUCCAACAUCUUUUCAGUUGAGCAUUUGUUCUUGGAAUAGUUAUACCAUUUUUCAUUGCGUUAAUUUCAUAUUGUUGGGUAAUAGCUUUCCAAGCUUUAUUUUUUUUCUCCAUUGUUGUCCCAUCAGUUUCUUUAUUUUCUAUAAUAUUUUUAUAAUCUUCUAUUAUUGACAUCAGUAACAUUAUUUCUUUUUUAGAAAAUCUUGAUGUUUUACUUUGCAAUUCGUUCACCUAAAUAAUAUUUUUCAUAAUUAAUAAUGAAUACGUUUUAUACAUAAAUAUCAGUUCUUAAAUAAAAUGUUUUUUUUUACCUUAUCAUAAAUUUCGGAUUCCAUUUUAUUCAUUAUUCAGCUUAAUUUUAUCUUCACAUUUACCACUUCACUUCACAUUUACACUUAAUUACAGUAUUAAAGGUUAUUUUUCAUCUCUCGCGCGCUCCUUUCCUUUUCGAUCUUAAACCAUAGACUAUAAAGCAGUUAAGAUCAGCUAUUACAAUUUAAAGAAAUAAUUUGAGAUUUAAGAAAUUCUUAAGUCUUAAGAUUUGAGAAACGACUAUGAAUUCGGGCCUUACCUAUUAGUUGUUUCUCAGAAAAAACCCAUAACAAAAUUUUUUAACAAGCAAGAGCAUAUCACAGCAGAUUAUUUUCACGUAAAGCUAAUAACGAAGACGUUAUGAACUUUAUGUUGAUCUCGUCUGACCCUGUAAUAAGUUCAUUGCGGAUUGAUCAGAAGAAUAAAAUGAGAGAAUUAAGCGAUGAAGCUAAGAGUUUAGUGAAUUUAAGUAAAUGUGAAGAACAUGAUGAAAAUGAUAUUGAAAGUGAAGAUAAAUAAAACAAAUCACAAUAAAUUUAAACUAUAUUAAAAUAAUAAAAAUAAUAUAUAAAAUAUAAAAAAUACAAAAAAACGUACAAAAAUUUAAAAAAUGUAAAAAAAAUUAAAAAACCCUCCUUGUAGACCGUAACCUUGAUGCGGUGAGAGUAGUGGUAAUAGGCGAGUUCUAAGCCAGACAAUGGGGAUGACGUCACUAGGGGGAAGGAGAGGGGGAAGGGUAUGUUUUCGAAGAUUCUUUGGAUUCGCCGCCUCGCAGGUGUCAGAUAAGGGAAGGAGUUUCUUCAUAUCUUAUAUAUAUAUAUAUUUUUUUUGUAAAUCUUAUCUUUUUUUUAUUACUGCGAAUAUUGAUAUUUCCGGUUCCCAAAAACAUUUAAUACGUAGUCAUUUUAUUCGAAGAUAUGUAUGUACACUGCCGGACAAUGAUUCGGCCCAUUCCCUAGCAAGUUUAUCUAGGACUUGUCCUAUAUAAAUUUUGCUGGGAUGGAAUGGGUUGAAUCAUUAUCCGGUAGUGUACACAGAUUUUCUUCGACUCGAAACUUUAUCGUCACGUCGAUAUUAAAUUUUAUUGCAUUCGGAUACUUUUGCCGACGUGCUCGACGGAAAAACCUACAGCUGCAUAAUAUCCGAAUUUGAUAUUACCCCAAAAUAAAAAAUUUUUCGAUACAAUUGAACACGUUUUCAUAUGUCGAAGCCCAUAGGCUUAUUAGUUGUAAACAAGUAGCAUGGAUAUAUAUAUAUGGCGAGACCCUUAGAGCAACUCUUAGACCAAAAAGAUCAAGCGUUUGAGAUCGCAGCUCAGUCGUCGGAGUUUUUCUGAAAGUGAAAUUUAAUUAUUAAAAUAUAUUGCGAGAUGCGUACUGUACAGAUUAUAUAUCCAGUAAAAGGUGUAAGUAUAAGUGACAGUGCAAGUUUUAUGUGGGGUAAAGUGUAUAGAUUUAAUAAUAAUUUUUAAAUACUUUACAGUUUGUAUACGUAGACGAGACACCAAUUACAGAUGUCACAUUUGCCAAUAGUAUUACGGUACCACUACUCCCACAACAAAAUCAAAUGUAUAUACCAUUGAGUAAUUUAAUUUCGGUGCGCGAUUCCGUAGGACCACAGCCGUGGUUUCCCUACGCUGAUAUACACAUCCCCGGCUUUAUCAAUAUCGAAAAGAAAAUCUGGACGCAAUACUUUAGAAAGAUCAAUCAGGAUCAUAAUGAUGAUCUAAUAAACCAUUCUUAUGGAGAAUUUGGCAUGGCCGACGUAUUUGAUUUGCGCAAAUUGUUUAAUAUGGAGCCGCUGGUUGACGAGGAUUUAGAAGAUUGGAGUCGCGAUGAAAUUGCACCGAUGAGUCUGGAGCCUCUAAUCAGCGAUUUAAAAAUUUAGGAAUAGUUUUUUUAAACAACAUACAUUUAUAUUUUUAUAUUUAUACUUUUGCAUUAACUAUUUUUUUUAUUUUAUAUGUAAUAAUUAAUUAAGAAUAUAUAUUAUUUAAAAAAUAAAAAAUAAAAAAAUAAAAAUUUAGUCAGUCUCUCUUACAUUUGUCUACUCAUCACCAUACUAUCCUUUCACUUUUUAU